ACAGAGCACAUCAUUUACUUCUCAUUCUCUGUGUGAAUCUGUCAGUCCCCAAUAUGUUCACUGUUACUCUUCACAGAAAAUCUCUGAUCUCGCUGAUAAGGGAGAGCUGGCGGACAGUUCUAAACUCCUCCUGAGCCUGGUGAUGGAGAGAGGCUCCCGCGCCCGGAGGGUGAUGUGGGAAACCUUUGUUAAAAUGCGGAUUGGUGUCACCCAGUUUGACAAAAUUCUGAAAGAAAUACAGGAACAUGGUUGUGUUCCGGUUCGUCUACGCGUUUCAGAGAUUCCCAGAGAGCUGAAGGAUGUUCAACAGAAACACAAGGAGACCCUGCGGGCACAAACUGAAACACUGAGAGUGAACACGAUCCUGAUGAGGGAGAAGGAGAAGUUUUUCCAGCCGGUUGAUCGAUACGCUGAGCUCACGAUCAUUUCUACUGUUCGAGAUCGGAGGCUGCUGGAACAUGGAACAAGAGGCAGAGACCACGAGGAGUGGAGAGAAAAACUUCUCUGUGGACUCCUGGAAAAAAUCACACCUGAACAAUUAUUCCAGAGCAGCUUUUCCCGGAGUAAUACCAAGCCUGCAUGUUCGGCAGCAGUGGCCGGAGUCACGGGAAUCGGGAAAACAACAAUGGUACAGAAGAUUGUUUAUGACUGGGCCACAGGGAAAAUAUACCAACGAUUCCAGUUCAUCUUCAGUUUCAAAUUCCGAGAGUUAAACACGAUCAAUUGUAUAAUAACCCUCUCGAACCUGUGCGAAGGAAUUCAGCGGCUGGGACCCGGGCUGCACAAGUGCCAGGAUUUGAAGUAA